GAAGCAAAGCUGCCUGGGGGAGAGAGGGGGACAUGCCCGCGACCUGAAACCACUGUGCUGGGAAAGGCUUUUUGUCUGCCCAGCUGCUGAUCCGCUCAGUGACCUUGAGCGGGUCCUGUGCCAAGCUUCGCACACUUUAGAGCGCAUCGGAUUUUUUUGUCUGGCCCAACGUAAGAGCCGAUGGCUUUAUCUAUAAGGUAGGAGGGUGGUUUGCUGUGCCAGCUGCCUAGCUCUUGUGCACGGCCUUCUGCGUACAGGAGGCGGGGGGGAAGGCAACACGAGGCUGUGGGUGCACUGGGAAGUGCUGGCCUUAGAGUGUCUCUGCCUCACCGUUUACAGAGAGACAGCUGCUCACAGAGGAACUGCAGAUCUUCAGUGAGGCUGGUUUUAUAUCCACUUCCACCCUGGGGUAAAUUUAAGGAGUGCAACAGUAAAGACUUUGAAAAUGGAGUUGCCUACUUAGACCAGGUUCGGCAUAGCGUGGCACAGAUAAAAGCCUUCAAGUCAGAGAGACUUGUAGUGGAUUUGUUUGAUCUCGUGCUUUCCCACUUGAGAGGAUCUCCACAGGCAACCGCGUAUAGUGGUUGGGGCUUGGAAAGGCGGCCCUGCCGCCUGCUUCUGGAUGGUUCCCAGGCUGUCAUGCUGAGGCAUUAGUAUGCUGAGCAGGAGACAUCCUUGGCCAGGGGUACACAAAGGCCCUGUCUCUGUUUGCCAAAGAAUCGUAUUUAGGUACAGCUGCAGCAAAAAUGGUUUGGAGAAUGGAUUGAUGGGGCUGCAUUAAAAAGAAGAUAAAUUGGGGGGGGGGGGGGGGGUGUCAUACUAAGUUGCAGUCUGUGUUUAGAAGACUGAAAGUAUCCUGUAGGUCAUACCACAAACUAGCAAGAUAGCAGAAGCAGGUACAGUCUGUUUGGUAAUCCUCUGCUUUAAUUUCGAGGCAGAAAUUCAAGAAAUGCUUUUCUAUUCAUUGUGAGAAGUCACCAUCUGUAUAGAUCUAUUGAAGUGUAGUUUGGGCGUGGAAACUGUUCAAGUGUUGAAGUACAGAAUGGCUCCGUGACCUGGGAGGGAAGCUGGUGUACUUGUAUUUCAUUUUGGAGGCCAGAUUAGUUCUUUUGAGAUUUAGCAAUUACUUUUAUAUCGAUCUCCCCCAAAUUACUUGAAAGAUCAUCAAAGAAUUGCUGAAACUGGAUGCAACAGGUUCACUGCUCUGAGUGAGGCCCUAGAUUUAAUUUCUGGAAGAAUAAACGCUCUCAGCAAAACUCUCAUCUUGGCAGAGCAAGAAUUGUGGCUGUGGUGGUCAAAUCAAAGCAUGCCUGGUGAUGCCAGGAUGCCUUCCAUCUUCACCUCCCCGCAGGAGGAACUUAUGGCUUUGAUUGCUUGUGGGCCCUGGGAUUAAAGUGACAUUGUCUUUCUAAUUUAGAUCCUGAAUGAAAGUAGUUAUUAGUAAGAGUCAAAAAAAAGUAUAGUUAUUUCCUCAAGGAGGUUAUGGCUAAAAUUCUAAAAACAAAGCACUAUAGCACAUAAAACUAAAUAAAAGUCAAGGAUACAUUUUUUAUUAUUAUUUAUUUGUUUUCCUUAUGUAGCAAUGAGUAUUUUUUUUAGUAGGUACACCUUAUCUUUCACAUGGGGAGCUCUGUUACAUAUGGUUCCGUUUUUGGGUGGCAGAGGAGUUUGGAUUAUGGACUAAACCCUCAGGUUUCACCAGGAAAUUGCAUUGGCUAGACUUUUUUUUUUUUUAAGUAAAAUAUUAAGCUAGUGGGGCUCCUAACAAGAACAAAAUAAUGUUUUUGUAGGUACUGUGUGCAGAUAAUUCCUGUGUAGGAAGCUUUAUGCUGUCUAAUUAUGCCUGUAUUAGUGAACCAGUAAUACUGCAAUUAUAAUUAAAGCAAAAUUACUUUUCUUUAGACAGGCCAUGGUAUUUGUUAUGCGUUACCUGUCAAGUCAAUUGACUGUAACAAUGAAGUGUAGUUUUCUUUGUACUAGGUGAAAUAGGGUUUCCCCCACCCUCCCUGUUGGACCUGGAUGCUCUUGGGUAUUUUUAAUUUCACUGCCCAUCAGCAGGAGCCGUGGCAGCCUGUAACGCUCUUCGCUGAUGUUAAGCAAAUAUUUUGUUGGCAGAUAGGCAAUGAAAUGGUCUGUUAAUAGCAUCCCCCUUACCUCCCCACCAUAAUUUCAUAAUCGUAAUUUCCUCUCUGUGCCAGAGGUAAAUAAUCACCCAUUGUUUUGUUAUUGCAUUUCUAAAUCAAAUGGCUCUUGACUGUUUGAGCUCUCUCUCCAUGAAGCCUGCAAUUUGGAGACAUUUACGCUAUGGCCUUUCUGCAUUACACUGAUAAUGUAAAAUGGCCCCCAAAUUGGUGUAUGGCAUUGACCACAUCUCAUGUUAAAGUUGAGUUCUCACUCAGUCUAGAUUCAAAGUGAAUCUGUUUUCAGAUCUCUGGUUUUGGCACACUUCUUCCAGUUUCUGCAUCUGCAAGUGGAGCUACUUGGUAUUGCUCUGCUCUCCAGCAGUUCCGCUUGUGCCUGUGCACAGAUUUCAAAUGCCCAUUUGCCAGAGCCUGGAGUAUAAGCUGUGAUGCAGCUGCAGUCAAGCCCUUUCUAAUAAUUUAGCAGUCUAUUAUUCCUGAAGACUCGUAGGCUUUUUUUGAUAUGGAAAGAAAGUCCUUGUGGUCAGCGAAAUAAUCAGUUUCAUGCUGGGUUGAUUCUCUGAGAUGCUCUUCUCUUUUUGCUUGUAUAUGCCUGGCCCUGCAAGGAGGUUCACUUAUGCCAAGCUUAGUUAAUGAUGCACCAAGUUAGAGCAAAUUACAGCCAAAAGGGAGGGGAGGUGGAACUACUGAGAGUCUUGUCCUGGGGAAGCAGUUGUUUGUGAUUACCGGUACGUGACAGCCUGCGGGAUGAGACACAGCGAUAGUGCAUCAGGGGCAGGAGCCAGGUUCAGGAAGGGUCUGCUGGUGGAGGCUGAACCAGGACCUCCCCUCCUUGUCCCUCAGUUCCUGGUACUCUGAAUGCUGCGGAAAGUGGAAGCAUGGCAGGUUUGUGAGUGUUACCAUACGAGAAUGAUGAUGCAGUAUUGCAAGUGAGGAUGAACUUUGCUCACUGAAAAGCUCAGUUAGGCAUUGGUCACGUGAGAGAUCCCUGGGCUGUGAUUUUUAACCCUUUCUUUUCAGGGUCUUGGUCAUCAACGUGGAGACUCUACGUGGCUGUUUGCAUUUGCCUCGUUCUCCCAUCGUUGCUCCUCUUUUCAUGACCUUCUCUUCCCCCUUCCCUGGCAUGCAUCACCCUCCAGAUUUAGGAAGGUCGAAAUGGAAAUGCCCAGAAAAAUGUAUCUAAUUUGUGCAGGGAAUCUGGAAAUGCAAAUGGAGACCUGUCACUUCCUCCUUUGUACAGAGCCUGGAACUGAAAGUGACAUCCUGACAUCUAGGAGCAUCACAAACCCGGAAUGACUGGGGAGAAGCUGCUUUGGUUGACAAUCCAUAAACCUGCGUGUUUGUUAAAAGGUAGUGCUUGCUGUUGGAGCAGUGCUCUUCCUCUGUGGAUCUCAAACUGCUUUGCAAAGUCUGGCAAGCUUUGCUUUGCAGCAGAGUAGUCUGGAACUGUAGCGAGAACUGCCAUGUAUGCAGACUGCUGUUAGAGUUUAACAAAUAGCUACGGUGACAUCAGAAGGUGCCACCAUCAACCACGUGAUACGGCCCUGCUUCCUGAGGUUACAGUCCCACCACUCUGCCAACAGAACGGUUUGUGCAAGGGCUCUCUGUGUACUUCCGGAAAAUCAGCAAAGUUAGGUGACAUAGGCUGCUUUAGCUAACUUAGGUACUUCGUCAUCUACUGAAAGUGUGUCUCAUUUCAGAUGCCAGCACUUCCAGUCUAGUCAGUCAAGAUAGGAGGGCUGAGCCUGGAUCUGCUCUGUACUUUUGAGGUAGAUCUGGGGCAUACCACCUCUCCUACCCCACUCCAAGGAGUCAUGGAAGACAAACGCAACAUCCCCAUCAUUGAGUGGGAGCACCUGGACAAAAGGAAAUUCUACGUGUUUGGGAUUUGCAUGACUAUGAUGAUCCGGGUGAGUGUUUACCCUUUCACACUCAUCCGGACACGGUUGCAGGUUCAGAAGGGCAAGAGCCUAUACAAUGGGACUUUCGAUGCUUUUGUGAAAAUCCUGCGGACAGAAGGGACAGCUGGGCUCUACCGUGGCUUUUUGGUCAACACUUUCACCCUGAUAUCUGGACAGUGCUAUGUGACGACAUAUGAGCUCACUCGAAAGUAUGUGUCACGGUACAACAACAACAAUGCUGUGAAGUCUCUGGUGGCAGGUGGCUCAGCCUCCCUGGUGGCCCAGAGCAUCACGGUGCCCAUUGAUGUGAUCUCCCAGCAUCUCAUGAUGCAGAGGAAGGGGGAAAGCAUGGGCAGAUUUAAGGUGCAGAACCAAGAUGGCAAGCGGAUGUUGGUCUUUGGCCAAACCAAGGACAUCAUUGUACAGAUUUUCAAGGCUGAUGGCUUUAGAGGCUUCUACAGGGGUUAUGUGGCCUCGCUGCUCACCUAUAUUCCCAACAGUGCAGUCUGGUGGCCCUUCUACCACUUCUAUGCCGAACAACUUUCUAGCUUGACUCCUAAAGACUGUCCCCAUCUCCUCCUGCAAGCUAUAUCGGGGCCACUUGCAGCUGCAACAGCUUCCACUCUCACCAACCCCAUGGAUGUCAUCAGGGCUCGGGUUCAGGUGGAAGGCAAGAGCUCCAUCAUCCUCACCUUCAGACAGCUCAUGGCAGAGGAAGGUCCCUGGGGCCUGACUAAAGGUCUCUCUGCCCGCAUCAUCUCAGCCACUCCUUCCACCAUUGUCAUCGUGGUAGGGUAUGAAACUCUGAAGAAGCUGAGCCUCCGCCCGGAGCUGAUGGAUUCGAGACACUGGUAGAGGCAGCUAGUGGAAGAGAAACUUUCCUUUGAACCCUCCGAAUUUGGACCGUCACGGUUGAAAGCUCGGGAGUAGAGGAGAGGCAGCUGCCAUCUCCUUUGUCUCUAGCUGGUUUCAUAGUACAAGGCAGAAGCAAGAGCAACUGCAAUUCACCUCUUUAGAUUUGAUUGUAAUACAAUGCUCUGCUGCUGUUUCUGCUUAAAACCAUCAAAAUGUGACCUUCAGCAAUGUGCUGUUUGCCUGUGACAGUUCGUUCAAGAGCAGCCAGGUGUGUGAAUGCAUCCUGGCAAGUUCUUAAUUCCCUUUUUUUAAAUUAAAGACUUACUGGCUGAAGCAAAAAGCCAGUUUAUUCUUUAAAUUAUUUUAAUCUUUGCCAAACUUUUGAGGAGGGGAGUCUAACAGGCUGCAGCAGAGCCCUCUGGUGGGUUGGGUGCUGAUUGCAGUUGUACUGUGGGAAGCUGGAAGAACAGAAUAGACAAGUAAAUUUCUCCAAUCGCCCACAUGUAUUUCUAGAAGAUGUGAGACGAGAGUAACCUGGAACCAUUUAAGACCUUAUUUACUGCAUUUUGAGUAGAUGUGUACAUACCUUUUUUGUAUAUUCUUGGAAAAUGUUUCCCAUCUCUCAUCCUUCAAACAGCAAGUUGGCUGAUAGGCAAGUUAGGAGUUGAGUUGGCUGUUUGUAAUUAGCCGAUGGCAAUUUUGACACCUAACCUAUGUUUUUAAUCUGUUGUUAUUUAAUUAUUUUAUUUUAGGGCAGCUUAUUCUGAUUUCUGGGGGACUGAGUGGUUGUUCUGUGGCCUUGUUCAAUGUGAGUGUCAAUACUGCAUGUUCAGGGUGGCUGCUGCCACUUCCCACCUUUAGUUAGUUUAAGCACAAACAGAUGCAGAGUUUGGAAGUGUCAGAUUGCUGUGCUGCCAGCCACCGAGACAAGAACUGAACGUGAUGUGAGCUACAACUGGAUGUGAGGUGGGGAAGAAAAAAAAGCUCGUACUGGCUUUUGAUCCAGUUCAAACCUGAUUGGCAUGUUCAUAUUGAAUAAGAAGUAAUGGUUCACUAAUAUUUUGUAAGUUUAAAUCCUGCUUAUCCUGUUUGGGAAGGGCAAGGACGGUUCUUUACACACUCUUGCUGGAUCAAAAUCUUAAGCUAUGGUCUGUGUUUUUUACCAGAUGCAAACUUGCAAUUGAGUGAUGAAGUAAGAGCCUACUCUUUGGGGAGGAGGAAUGAAGGGAUUGUUUGACUUCACUCUGCUGGUCUCAGUAUUUGAGAUUUGCCUCUCGUGAUGCAAGCCCACACACGGUGCUCAUCCCAGUUAGUUGUAUGUCUGAGAGGUGAGAGAUACGCCUCCAAAUAACAGAUGUAUCACCGCCUCUGUUCAUCUCACUGCCAUAACAAGGAAUUCUUGGUUGUAGCGUUGAUCCUGCUGAACUGUGGCUGCUGCCAGGCUCUUAGCUGUCUUUUCACGUGGGACUUGCUAAGUGUGGCUCUUGCCUUCAUCCUGACGUCUGCAGUUCAGCCCGUGCAGAGACUGGAUGUGCCACAGUUUCUGCUGGAGGUGGAACAAGUGCAGACAGAUGCUGCUGAAGCUGGGAGAGAGACUUCUGUGUUUAAGGGCAGAACUUGGUUAUAAGAUACAGUACUCUUUAAUGGGGUUGAAGAUGAGUCAUCAAAGGCCUUUUAAUCCCACCUUUGUUUUCUGCAGCAUUAAAUAAGGUGAUGUAUACCCAAGCCACUGACAGAGCUGUUCAAGCAGCGUGUUCUGCAAGCUGCUCUGCCAUUACAUUUUUGUUGUGUAAAAGACCAUGCCAGUUGGCUCUUUCUGUAAUAGCAGAUUCUGCUCUAAAAAGUGGAACAGCAGCAUCACAAGAUUGCAAGGAAGUAUCCUGCACGUACGGUAGCACUGUUCUCACACAAAGGCGGUAGUAACACAGUUAUUAAACAAUAAUAAUCGGACCCUGCUGUUUACUAGCAGGGUAAGUCUCGGUGUGUGUCACAGAAGCAGGAGACAGCACAACUGUAGGGAGACACUCUCAAGCUUAAUAUUCCUCUCUUAACCAGCAAAGUUCUUGACAACUAAUAAACUUCAGAGACCUUCAGUUUGACGCCUGAGUUUAAAAGUGCGUUAGUCUCAGUGAAUGUGCUUGCCAGGGGAGCCUGCCAGUUUCUGUCGUUUCACAAUGAUGCUUUCUUGGUUUUAAUGCUUUGCCUUCUGAGUAGCGCUAGGAGGGACCUGACCAGCAGAGAUUGCCUGAAAAAACAAUGACAGUGACUGCACACAAAGCUGAAAAAGCCAGGAAAAAACAGGCUAAGGCACAUGUAGUACCUGAAACCAUGGAUUAGUUGCAAGCCCAGAUCCUCCUUUACAAACUGAGGCUUAAGCCCUCCUGCCCUGUCCCGGAGGUGAGCUGUCUUCUGCAGGCCUCGCGGCCCCGCCCCCGGGCCGCC